AUGACAGAGGGAGAUACUAACACACUGGGAGAGAGGUAUACACAUGCUUGGAGAGAGGUAUGCACAUGCUUGGAAAGAGGUAUGCACAUGCUUGGAGAGAGGUACGCUUAUGCUUGGAGAGAGGUAAGCACAUGCUUGAAAAGAGGUGUGCACAUGCUUGGAGAGAGGUAUGCACAUGCUUGGAGAGAGGUAUGCACAUGCUUGGAAAGAGGUAAGCACAUGCUUGGAAAGAGGUAUACACAUGCUUGGAAAGAGGUAUGCACAUGCUUGGAAAGAGGUACGCACAUGCUUGGAGAGAGGUAUGCACAUGCUUGGAGAGAGGUAUGCACAUGUGGAGAGAGGUAUGCACAUGCUUGGAAAGGGGUAUGCACAUGCUUGGAAAGAGGUAUGCACAAGCUUGGAGAGAGGUACGCUUAUGCUUGGAGAGAGGUAUGCACAUGCUUGGAAAGAGGUAAGCACAUGCUUGGAAAGAGGUAUUGUGCAUGCUUGGAGAGAGGUAUGCACAUGCUUGGAGAGAGGUACACUUAUGCUUUGAUAGAGGUAUGCACAGGCUUGGAAAGAGGUGUGCACAUGGUUGGAGAGAGGUAUGCAUAUGCUUGGAGAGAGGUAUGCUUAUGCUUGGAGAGAGGUAUCUACAUGCUUGGAAAGAGGUAUGCACAUGCUUGGAAAGAGGUAUGCACAUGCUUCGAUAGAGGUAUGCACAAGCUUGGAGAGAGGUACGCUUAUGCUUGGAGAGAGGUAUGCACAUGCAUGGAAAGAGGUGUGCACAUGCUUGGAGAGAGGUGCGCUUAUGCUUGGAGAGAGGUAUGCACAAGCUUGGAGAGAGGUAGGCUUAUGCUUGGAGAGAGGUAUGCACAUGCUUGGAAACAGGUAUGUGCACAUGCUUGGAAAGCCAGGUGA